AUGGCUUCGCAUUUGUCAAAGAGCCUAGCCUCACUGGCCGUGACCGCUGCGUUUGCCCAAGCUCAGCUCUGGGAUCAGACCAUCCAGACGAAUUACGGUCCCGUCCAGGGCUUUAAGUAUUUCAACGAGUCUACCCUCGAGAAAUACUUCGGUGUCUCCGAGUCCAACGUGACAGCCUUUUUGGGUAUCCCGUUUGCUGCGGACACUGGGUAUCAAAACCGCUGGAAGCCACCACAGCCCCGUGAGCCCUGGAAUGAAACCCUGAAAGCGACGGACUUUGGUCCUGCCUGUCCCAGUAACUACGCAUCCAAUAUCAGCGAAGACUGCCUCAGUCUGAACCUCUGGACCAAUGCCGGCUCUGCGGACGCCAAGCUCCCUGUUAUGGUCUGGAACCAGGGCUCUGACGAGACCAGCAAUGAUGCCUGGUGGUACGGCGGUGGAAUGGCCUUGAAGGACGUCAUCCUCAUUACCUUCAACCGUCGCGACGAUGCAUUCGGUUACCUCGCUCAUCCUGAGCUCAACGCCGAAGGUCUCCAGCUGACCGGUCACAAUACAUCUGGAAACUAUGGUGUCCUCGACCAGCUCGAGGUCCUCAAAUGGGUCCAGAAAAACAUCGCCAAGUUUGGUGGUGAUCCGGACCGCGUAGUCGUCGCUGGCCAGUCUUUCGGUUCUUCCCAGGUCUAUCAUGCCGUCAAUAGCCCUUUGUUCAAGGGGUACUUCCAUGGCGGUAUCUCUGAGUCAGGUAUCAGGUAUCCAUACGAUCCUUUGCUUGCAGGCCUCGCGACCUCUUACGUCAAUAUGUCCGCUGCCAUCACGCACGGUGUCAACUAUACUACCUUCCACAAUGUCUCCAGCAUCAAGGAACUGCGCACGCUUUCCAUGGAGGAACUCCUGAUUGGCUCUCAGGACCGCGUCAACGACACAUGGAUUGAUCCAAUCACCGCACUUUCUGCUGGCUACCCUCUCAUUUUCAAGCCCGUCCUAGACGACUACGUCCUUCCCUCCACAUACCUGGAGACACUUAUCAACGGCCCCGCGAACGACGUCCCCGUCAUAACAGGCAACACCAAAGACGAGUCAGGCGCCUCAACAACCACCGACUACACCGUAGGAGAAUACGAGUCCUAUUCCACUCUCAAAUAUGGUAAUCUAUCCAGCCGUUAUUUCCAGCUAUACCCCGACCACGGCAACGCAAGCACCGUAGAUAGAGCUUGGAACGCAGCUGCCCGCGAUACCUCCCUCAUUGGCUCCUGGGCCUACGCCACCGACUGGUACAAGUCCGCCUCCUCCUCGUUCUACACCUACUACUGGACCCACGCCCCACCAGGCCAAGACCAGGGUGCCUUCCACCAGUCUGAAAUCAUGUAUGCACUGAAUGCUCUCUACGCCAAUGCCGAUAAAUACCCUUUCACUCAGCAGGACUAUGCCAUCCAGGAGAAGAUGUCUGCCUACUGGGCUAACUUUGCAAAGACGCUCGAUCCCAACGAGGGUGGAUCUUACACUGGCAGCGGCUCGCUGCCGCGCUGGAGCCCCAACAGCGCCAAUGGUACCCAGGUUGUCAUGGAGCUCGGCAAUGCUUUUGGAAACGUCCCCAUUGCCAAGAAGGUUCAGGUGGAGCUCAUUAUGGAGUGGUUCCAUCAGCAAACUCCGUACUAA